AUGUCGGCCGCACAACUUCUCAAUCCCAAGGCCGAGUCGAGGAGGCGCGGGGAGGCUCUCCGUGUGAACAUCUCGGCCGGUGAGGGCUUGCAACAGGUUCUCGCCUCAAAUUUGGGACCCCGCGGUACACUGAAGAUGCUCGUAGAUGGCGCUGGAGGAAUCAAGCUCACAAAAGAUGGAAGCGUCCUGCUCAAGGAGAUGCAAAUUCAAAAUCCCACUGCCGUCAUGAUUGCACGAGCAGCAACAGCGCAGGACGAAAUCACAGGCGAUGGAACAACAUCAGUGGUACUGUUGGUUGGAGAACUACUGAAGCAGGCCGAUCGCUACAUCGCCGAGGGCCUCCACCCCCGAGUGAUCGCAGAUGGUUACGAUAUUGCGAAGACGGAGUCGCUAAAGUUCCUUGACGAGUUCAAGCUCACCAAGGAAGUCGACCGCGAACUCCUCCUCUCUGUCGCGAGAACCUCGCUCUCGACCAAGAUCAACAGCACGCUCGCCGAACAAUUGACCCCCGACAUUGUUGAUGCCGUGCUCGCGAUCUACCAGGCGCCCGCAAAGCCAGAUCUGCACAUGGUUGAAAUCAUGACCAUGCAACAUCGCACCGCCGCCGACACACAGCUCAUCCGAGGACUUGCUCUAGAUCACGGCGCAAGGCAUCCAGACAUGGCCAAGAGGGUUGAGAACGCAUACAUUCUGACUCUCAACGUCAGCUUAGAGUACGAAAAGUCCGAGAUCAACUCUGGCUUCUACUACUCGAGCGCGGAACAAAGGGAGAAGCUUGUUGAGAGCGAGCGACGCUUCGUCGACGAGAAGCUGAGGAAGAUUGUUGAGCUGAAGAAGGAAGUCUGCGGCGACGACCCUAAGAAGGGCUUCGUGAUAAUAAACCAGAAGGGUAUCGACCCGCUCAGCUUGGAUGUUCUUGUCAAGAACGGAAUCUUCGCACUGAGGAGAGCGAAGAGGAGGAACAUGGAGCGUCUCCAGCUCGUGUGCGGUGGCACAUCACAAAACAGUGUAGACGAUAUGACACCAGACGUCCUCGGAUACGCGGGUCUUGUUUACGAGCACCAGCUGGGCGAGGAGAAGUACACAUUCAUUGAAGAUGUCAAGGAGCCGAAGUCCGUCACUUUACUCAUCAAGGGCCCAAACACACACACUAUUGCUCAGAUCAAGGACGCCGUUCGCGAUGGCUUGAGGAGUGUGUACAACAUGAUCGUCGACGGAAGCGUCGUACCAGGUGGAGGUGCUUUCCAGGUCGCAUGCGCGGCUCAUCUCGAGAGCGAGCAAUUCAAGAAGACAGUCAAGGGUAAAGCGAAGUGGGGUGUAUCAGCCUUCGCUGACGCGCUGCUUGUCAUUCCCAAGACACUGGCGGCAAAUUCGGGUCAUGACAUCCAAGAUUCAUUGGCUGCGCUACAGGACGAGCACGCUGAGGGCAAUGUCGUCGGCCUGAACCUUGCAACUGGAGAAGCCAUGGACCCUACUCAAGAAGGUGUCUACGAUUCGUUCCGAGUACUGCGCAACUGCAUAGCGUCCGCUACCGGUAUCGCGUCGAACUUGCUGUUGUGUGACGAAAUGCUGAAGGCACGACAGAUGGGACGACAACCUGGACCUGGCGGCGAGGAGCAAUGA